CACCCUGAUUACAAAACACAUCCCACUGGCGCAAGUGACGCAAAAGAGGGGCCGGAACUUCAGAAGUUACAAUACGGCACAAUAUGGUACCUAGAAUGCACCGCGGUAGUUUACGUCUACAGCGAAACUAAGUUGUUUCUCCAAGAUGGCGUCGUUGGGAAGGAGGCGCGGUGUCCCAGUUAACAGAGAGAGGGGAGUGAUGGCAGCAACAGACUGCUACAUUGUGCACGAGAUCUACAAUGGUGAGAAUGCACAGGACCAGUUUGAGUAUGAGUUGGAGCAGGCACUGGAAGCCCAGUAUAAAUACAUUGUCAUUGAGCCCACACGCAUUGGUGAUGAAACAGCCCGCUGGAUUGCUGUGGGCAACUGCCUGCACAAGUCGGCAGUGUUAUCGGGUACCGCUUGCCUUCUGACGCCACUCUCACUGCCACCUGAAUACUCCCGCUACGUAGCCCUGCCUGCUGGCGCCCUCAGCGUGGCCUGUGCAGCCCUCUAUGGCAUAUCCUGGCAGUUUGAUCCCUGCUGCAAGUACCAGGUGGAGUACGACAGCCAAAAACUCUCCCGGCUGCCCCUUCACACGCUGACGUCCUCCACACCUGUGGUUCUGGUGCGCAGGGACGAUGUCCACAGAAAGAGACUCCAUAACACAAUAGCGCUCGCUGCUCUCGCCUAUUGCGCAAAGAAGAUCUAUGAACUUUAUGCCGUAUGAGCGCACUCUGAAGAGGAUUCAUAAAAAGUUAAAUUUAAAAGAAAGUAACACCCCGCCCACCUCCAAAACGAAGCCCCAGUGGAAGCCCCAGUGGAAGCCCCAGUCGGCUCCACACGCCGGACUGUUUGAUGGAUAUAUUUAGGGAUGUAGUAAAAAUGUUUCUCCCUUUUCAAUUUCUUUAUUUGUAAGUAACAUCAGUAGUGCACUUAUCUCCAUGGUACCCUGGCUCCUCCUCGCCUGACCUACAUACACACUUAGUGCCCAAAGAUAGAGGCAAGUCACUCUGGACUGGAUUAUUGCAGUUGAAACGAACAAUAUUUGAAGUAUUCCCAACUUUUUUGUUCCUUCCCUGUAGUUUUUACUGUACCCCUUACAUGCUGAUCCAUAUUUCACACUUUCAUUAAACAUUAGGAUAUCUCAAACAUAAUUUCCUGUAUUAUAUUUGACCUUUGUUUCAUUAAAACAAUCUUGCAUUAUUUAAUGAUUUACUGAGCCAAUAGCAGCAAUUUAUUUUCAAAUAUGGCUCUAUAGUGACCGUGUAGAGCAAGAGAGAAGUGAGAAAUGAUUCCAGUGACGACAUCAUGCCUGACAUUGAUUGCUCUCGGGUUCCCCCUGCAAAUAUAAGGUAACUUCUUAGUUUAUUUUUGUUUGACAAUUUUUCAUCUCCUACUCUGAUGGGUAUAUCUUUGAGGGAUACUACAACAUGAUUAAGAGAUUUAAUUGCUGUUCAAAUAUUAAAUGUUUCUUUAAUGGGG